CUACCCUUCAACUUCCUCCUGCUUUUCUGUACUGACACUCUGACACGCCCACAGAAAGUCAGAGCACCAGGAGAACAGAAAACUUCACAAUUUCAUGCCUUAGUUUUUUUAAAAAAAAGAUCGUAACAGUUCUGUGUCACCCAGCCAUCAGAAGAGGAAUGAGACAGCAAAAGCUCAAAUGACUGUUUCAAGCUUGAUGAAGUUUUCAGGAAAAUCCUGGAUUUCAAGAGAGAGAGUGGCUGGUUAAAUUACUGAAAGAGGACUCUGGCUUAAAGGAGGUAUUGCACCUCACCUGAGUGGAUUGUGUCAGUGGAAAGCGUUACACAGAGCGUUAUAGAGCAGAAGUGGGCCUGCUUGUCGGCUGCUGAAAUUCUGAGCAUCCUUUCCUAGAGGCACAGAAAGUGAAUGAGUGAGCCCAGUGAGGAAGAAGUUGAAGCUUUGAUAUGAGUAAACAAGUAACUCUACCUGAAAUGAUUAAAGACUGGACCAAAGAGCAUGUGAAAAAGUGGGUAACUGAAGACCUUAAGAUUGAUGAGAAAUAUGGGCAAAUUCUGCUCAAUGAAGAAGUGACAGGAUUAGUCCUGCAGGAAUUAACUGAGAAGGACCUUACAGAGAUGGGGCUACCACGCGGUCCAGCACUUUUGAUAAAACGUUCAUAUAACAAAUUGAAUAAUACGUCCCCUGAAAGUGACAAUCAUGAUCCUGGACAAUUAAAUCAUUCAAAAUCUUCUAUAACAGAACACCAUAAAAAGCCAAAACAGACCAAAAGGAAAGAAAAAAAUUCAGUGUCAUCCAGUAUUGAUUAUGAUCCCAGGGAGGUCAGAGAUAUCAAAGAACAAGAAUCAAUUCUUAUGAAAGAAAAUGUGUUAGAUGAAGUAGUAAAUGCCAAAGACAAGAAAAAGGAUAAGCUAAAACCUGAACAAUUGACUUGCAUGCCAUAUCCUUUUGAUCAGUUCCAUGACAGCCAGCGCUACAUAGAACAUUACAUCCUACAACCUGAAACAGGACCACUCAAUCUCAUCGACCCAAUACAUGAGUUCAAAGCUCUCACCGACACAGAAAGAGCCACAGAAGAGGACAUUAAGAUGAAAUUUAGCAAUGAAGUCUUCCGAUUUGCAUCAGCUUGUAUGAAUUCACGCACCAAUGGCACCAUCCAUUUUGGAGUCAAGGACAAACCCCAUGGCAAAAUUGUUGGUGUGAACAUCACCAGUAAGGAUGUCUUCAUUGACCACUUCAAUCUAAUGAUCAAAAAGUAUUUUGAAGAAAGUGAGAUCAAUGAAGCCAAGAAGUGUAUUCGGGAGCCAAGGUUUGUGGAAGUCCUCCUGCAGAACAAUACACCAUCUGACAGGUUUGUCAUUGAAGUCGAUAUUAUUCCAAAACACUCUGUAUGUAAAGAUAAGUAUUUCUACAUUCAGAUGCAAAGUUGUACAGAUAAAAUAUGGAAACAAAACCAAAAUUCUUCACUGUUUGUAAGAGAAGGGGCUAGCUCUAGGGAUAUCCUGGCCAAUCCCAACAAACGGGAUGUAGAUUUCAAAGCAUUUUCACAAAAAUUAAAGUCACUGGUAGCAUCUAGGAAAGAGGCUGAAGAAGAAUACAGAAUGAAGGCAAUGAAGAAGGAGAGUGAAGGACUAAAGCUGGUUAAACUUCUCAUAGGAAACCGAGACUCACUAGAUAAUUCAUACUAUGACUGGUACAUUCUUGUAAUAAAUAAAUGCCAUCCAAACCAAAUCAAGCACUUAGAUUUUUUAAAGGAAAUUAAAUGGUUUGCUGUGUUGGAGUUUGAUCCUGAAUCUCAGAUCAAGGGAGUGGUCAAAGCUUACAAAGAAAGCCGAGUGGCAAACCUUCACUUUCCAAAUCAGUAUGAAGACAAGAAAACAAACAUGAGGGAGAAGACUUCUGCUCUCAAUCUUUACCAGCAGCCCAGCUGGAUUUUCUGCAAUGGCAGAUCAGAUUUGAAAAGCGAGACAUAUAAACCUCUAGAACCACAUUUAUGGCAGAGAGAAAGAGCUUCAGAAGUCAGGAAACUGAUUUUGUUUCUCACAGAUGAAAAUAUAAUGACAAGAGGAAAAUUUUUGGUAGUGUUUCUAUUACUCUCUGCAGUGGAAAGCCCAGUAGAUCCACUCAUUGAAACUUUCUGGGCUUUCUAUCAAGCUCUCAAAGGAAUGGAAAAUAUGUUGUGUAUCUCUGUAAGCUCACAUACCUACCAACGAUGGAAGGAUCUACUACAAACAAGAAUGAAUAUAGAAGAUGAAUUAACAAACCACAGUAUUUCUACUUUAAAUAUAGAAUUGGUAAAUAGCACGAUCCUUAAACUAAAAUCGGUAACUCAGUCAUCAAGAAGGUUUUUGCCUGCCCAUGGAUCUUCUUCCAUUAUCCUAGAGAAAAAGGAAGAGGAUGUCUUGACUGCACUGGAAAUCCUCUGUGAAAAUGAGUGUAGAGACACAGACAUCGAGAAAGAUGAAUCUAAAUUCCUGGAAUUUAGGAAAUCUAAAGAAGAACACUUUUAUCGAGGUGGCAAAGUAUCAUGGUGGAACUUCUAUUUUUCUUCUGAAAACUAUUCUUCAGAUUUUGUGAAAAGGGACAGUUACGAAAAGCUUAAAGAUUUAAUACAAUGCCUGGCAGAGUCUCCUAAACCAAUAUUUGCAAAAAUCAUUAAUCUUUAUCAUCAUCCAGGCUGUGGGGGUACUACACUGGCUAUGCAUGUUCUCUGGGACUUAAAGAAAAAGUUCAGAUGUGCUGUGUUAAAAAACAAAACAACUGAUUUUGUAGAAAUUGGCGAGCAAGUGACCAAUCUGGUCACCUAUAAGGCAAAGAGCCAUCCUGUGCUCCUCCUUGUGGAUGAUUUUGAAGAACAAGAAAAUGUCUACAUUCUACAAAAUGUGAUCCAUUCAAAUUUAGCAGAAAAGGAUUUGCGAUAUGAAAAUACAUUGGUAAUUAUUUUAAACUGCAUGAGAUCCCGGAAUCCAGAUGAAAGUGCAAAAUCGGCAGACAGUAUUGCACUAAAUUACCAACUUUCUUCCAAGGAACAAAGAGCUUUUGGGGCCAAACUGAAGGAAAUUGAAAAGCAGCACAAGAAUUGUGAAAACUUUUAUUCCUUCAUGAUCAUGAAAAGCAAUUUUGAUGAAACAUAUAUAGAAAAUGUAGUCAGGAAUAUCCUAAAAGGACAGGAUGUUGACAGCAAGGAAGUACAACUCAUUUCCUUCCUAGCUUUACUCAACUCUUAUGUUACUGAUUCUACAAUUUCAGUUUCACAGUGUGAAAUAUUUUUGGGAAUCAUAUACACUAGUACACCCUGGGAACCUGAAAGCCUGGAAGACAAGAUGGGAACUUAUUCUACACUUCUAAUAAAAACAGAAGUAUCAGAAUAUGGGAGAUACACAGGUGUGCGUAUCAUUCACCCUCUGAUUGCCGUGUACUGUCUGAAAGAACUGGAAAGAAGCUAUCACUUGGAUAAAUGUCAAAUUGCAUUGAAGAUAUUAGGAGAGAGUUUAUUUUAUGAUUCUGGAAUAGGAAGAGACAAAUUUCAACAUGAUGUUCAAACUCUUCUGGUUACAAGACAGCGCAGGGAGUAUGGAGAUGAAACAGACACUUUGUUUUCCCCAUUAAUGGAAGCUUUACAGAAUAAAGACAUUGAAAAGGUCUUGAGUGCAGGAAGUAGACGAUUCCCACAAAAUGCAUUCAUUUGUCAAGCCUUAGCAAGACAUUUCUACAUUAAAGAGAAGGACUUUAACACUGCUCUGGACUGGGCAUGUCAGGCCAAAAUGAAAGCACCUAAAAAUUCCUAUAUUUCAGAUACACUUGGUCAAGUCUACAAAAGUGAAAUCAAAUGGUGGUUGGAUGAGAACAAAAACUGUAGGGACAUUACUGUUAAUGACCUAACACAUCUCCUAGAAGCUGCCGAAAAAGCCUCAAGAGCUUUCAAAGAAUCCCAACGGCAAACUGAUAGUAAAAACUGUGAAACUGAGACCUGGUCACCACAGAAGUCCCAGAGACGAUAUGGCAUGUACAAUACCGCUGGUUUCUUGGGUGAAAUAGAAGUUGGUCUUUACACUAUCCAGAUUCUUCAGCUCACUCCCUUUUUCCACAAAGAAAAUGAAUUAUCUGAAAACCACAUGGUGCAAUUUUUAUCAGGAAAGUGGACCAUUCCUCCUGAUCCCAAAAAUGAAUAUUAUUUGGCUCUUAGCAAGUUCACAUCUCACCUAGAACAUUUACAAUCAGAUCUGAAACGGUGCUUUGACUUUUUUAUUGAUUAUAUGGUUCUUCUGAAAAUGAGGUAUGCCCAAAAAGAAAUUGUGGAAGUCAUGUUAAGCAAGAAAGUCAGUCGUUGUUUCAGGAAAUACACAGAACUUUUCUGCCAUUUGGAUUCAGAUCUAUUACAAAAUAAAGGGAGUCAAUUACUCCAGGAGGAAAAUUGCAGGAAAAAGCUAGAAGCUCUGAGAGCAGAUAGGUUUGCUGGACUCUUGGAAUAUCUUAAUCCAAAAUACAAAGAUGCUGCAACUAUCAUGGAAAUUAUAGUGAAUGAAUAUGCCUUCCUACUGCAUCAAAACUCAAAAAAGUGCAUGACAAAUGAGAAACAAAAUUCUAUUUUGGCCAACAUUAUUCUCAGUUGUCUAAAGCCCAACUCCAAGGCCGUUCAACCACUUAACAUACUAAAAAAACAACUCCGAGAGGUCUUGCAAUUUGUAGGACUAAGUCAUCAAUAUCCAGACCCUUAUUUCUUGGCCUGCCUCCUGUUCUGGCCAGAAAAUCAAGAGCUAGAUCAGGAUUCCAAACUAAUAGAAAAGUACGUUUCAUCCUUAAAUAGAUCCUUCAGGGGACAGUACAAGCGCAUGUGCAGAUCCAAGCAGGCAAGCACACUUUUCUAUCUGGGCAAUAGCAAGGGUCUCUACAGUAUUGUUCACAAGGCUGAAAUAGAGCAGUACUUUGAUAAGGUACAGAAUACAAAUUCCCUCUGGCAGAGUGGGGAUGUGUGGAAAAAAAAUGAAGUCAAAGGCCUCCUGCGUCGUCUAAUUGGUCAGGCUGAAGGCAAGCUAGUCUCUAUAGAAUAUGGAACAGAGGAAAAAAUUAAAAUACCAGUAACAUCUGUUUAUUCAGGUCCACUCAGAAGUGGUAGGAACAUAGAAAGAGUGUCUUUCUACCUAGGAUUUUCCAUUGAAGGCCCUCUGGCAUAUGAUAUACAAGUAAUUUAAGAAGAUACAUCACCUAUACUUCAAAUAUGUUUAUUUAUAUCUUUAUGAUUUUAUUUCUUUCUCUAUUCUCAUGGCACUUUCAUGACAUUAUUGGCUUACCUCUAAUCACAGAUUUUGCUUUUGCCUCCCUGAAUGAAUUCUAAGCCUUUUUAAGAUAUGAAACGGGCCUACACACAAAACUUGGCAUACAGGAGAGUCAAUUAUUUAAUGUUUAAAUAUGCAUUUUCAGACUCAAAUAAUUAAUAUGUUCCUUUGGUAUCUACCAGUCACAUUAUAACUGAUUAUAGGUCAAUAAAAUCUGUGUUAAAUUCAA